GAGUCCGCGUCGCCGCGUCCGAGCGAGCCGCGCGGACGCCCAUGGCCACCUACAGCUUGGCGAACGAACGGCUGCGCGCCCUGGAAGACAUCGAACGGGAGAUCGGCGCCAUUCUUCAGAAUGCGGGUACCGUGAUCUUGGAACUGUCCAAAGAAAAAACCAACGAGCGGCUUCUGGACCGGCAGGCAGCAGCCUUCAUGGCGUCGGUGCAGCACGUGGAGGCAGAACUGUCGGCCCAGAUCCGUUACCUCACCCAGGUGGCCACGGGGCAGCCCCAUGAGGGCUCCAGCUAUUCUUCAAGAAAGGAUUGUCAGAUGGCCCUGAAGCGUGUGGACUAUGCUUGCCUCAAGCUCAGUGACGUGGCCCGAACCUGUGAGCAGAUGCUGGAAAGCUAGACCACAGAGGCAGAGCAAGAAUUUGGUGUGCCACCUUCACCCCAGGACAGAACCCGGAGACCUGUGUGAUGGGGAGUAGGGCUACCAUGUCCAUGCGCAGCUCAUCAGCGUAAAUGAGGACAGAAGGUGGAAAGGGGGAACAAAGGCCAAGUUGCUCAGAACUGCGCCCUGGCUCCUUCACCAGACUCCUUCCGUUUUGCACUUCACGGACAUGCUCAAUCGGGAGAGGAAGAUACAGACAACACAACUACUUCCUCACAUUCAUCAUUGGAAGAAAACCAAGGGUUUUAAUAAUAAAAGCAAUAACAGUAAAAACAAGGAGCUCA